AUCAUAGAAGCGAAAACGUCGGAGCGUGGAGAGACAGGCAACGAUACGAAGCAAGCAAUGACCACCGGACGUAUGACGAUAGAGUUUCCGAUCACUGCAUCACUCUCUUCCACUUCUUCUACCUGCUGUUGCAGCAAAUCUCUGAGCUACAGCUUCCUCGGGAAGACCGCAUUUUCGCUGAACAGUAGUAGCAGCAGCAGCAGCAGCAAUGCCGCUGUGUGUUUCUCUUCUAGAUCAGCAAAGAAAUGGAACAGUAACUCCGGAGGUGACGUCGAUUGCGACGGCGGAGUUGUCGUCAAGAACGAAAACGAUGAAGAUCAGCCGCAGCAACAACGGCGGCGAGAAAAAGUCGGCGGCGGUGGAGAGGCGAGGAGGAGGCAGAGGAGAGUUGUUUGCGAGGUGGAAGUGAUUUCUUGGCGGGAACGGAGGAUUAGGGCUCAGAUUCUGGUGAAUUCCGACAUUCAAUCGAUUUGGACAGCUCUCACUGAUUACGAACGCCUCGCCGAUUACAUCCCCAACCUCCUCUCCAGUGGAAGAAUCCCGUGUCCGCAUCCAGGCCGGAUAUGGCUGGAGCAGAGAGGACUACAGAGAGCUCUUUAUUGGCACAUUGAAGCUCGUGUUGUGCUGGAUCUCCAAGAAUUCCCCAUUUCUGCCGACAGGCACGAGCUGCACUUUUCCAUGGUGGAUGGGGACUUCAAGAAGUUCGAAGGCAAAUGGUCCCUCAACUGUGGCACAAGGCCUGGAACCACUGUGUUAGCUUAUGAAGUUAGUGUGAUACCAAGAUUCAACUUUCCUGCCAUCUUCUUGGAAAGGAUCAUUAGGUCGGAUCUUCCUGUUAACCUCCAGGCCUUGGCUUGCCGUGCUGAAAACCAAGUUAUGGCCAUGGGCAAUCAUAAAACCAAAACUGAUGAAUUGUCAAGAUCUACAUCCGGGCCUAGAGAUGUAGAAGAGACCUACAACACUGCAAAUCCUAGUCCUGUGCCAGCCUCCGCAGGCGAUAUCAGUUGUAAUUGGGGUAUUUUCGGUAAAGCGUGCAGUCUUGAGAAGCGUUGCCUUGUGGAUGAAGUUCAUUUGAGAAGAUUUGAUGGCCUAUUGGAAAAUGGCGGGGUUCAUCGUGGAGUUAUCGCUAGUAUAACCGUAAAAUCUCCUCUUCGAGAAGUUUGGAAUGUUUUGACUGCUUAUGAGAGUCUUCCUGAGAUUGUUCCGAACUUAGCAAUCAGCAAGAUUUUAUCACGUGAAAACAACAAAGUUCGCAUCCUUCAGGAAGGUUGCAAAGGUCUACUCUAUAUGGUACUCCAUGCACGUGUUGUUUUGGAUUUAUGUGAGCUACAUGAAAGGGAGAUCAGCUUUGUGCAAGUAGAUGGCGACUUUGACUCAUUUCAUGGGAAGUGGGUUCUAGAGCAGUUGGGAAGUCAUCAUACAUUACUCAAAUAUGUUGUUGAAUCCAAAAUGCAUAAGGACACCUUUCUCUCAGAGGCUAUAAUGGAAGAGGUUAUAUACGAAGACCUCCCAUCAAACUUGUGUGCAAUUCGAGACUAUGUUGAGAAAAUGCAAGCUGCGAAUUCCUUGGAACCAGAUGAUUUAAUCAAUUACUCUGAGCAUGAACCGUCCAGUAGCAAUCACACUCCAGUGGAAGAACAAGUUUCAGAUUCUGAUAAUGCAGUUUCUACAAGACAAAGGCCUAGGGUUCCAGGCUUGCAGAGAGACAUUGAAAUUCUCAAAUCAGAACUCCUGAAGUUUGUAUCAGAACAUGGGCAGGAAGGGUUCAUGCCCAUGAGAAAGCAACUUCGACUGCAUGGCAGGGUAGAUAUAGAGAAGGCAAUAACACGCAUGGGUGGAUUCAGAAGAAUAGCAUCAUUAAUGAAUCUGUCUCUUGCUUACAAGCACAGAAAACCCAAAGGUUACUGGGACAGCCUCGAGAAUUUGCAGGAAGAGGUAUUGAUUUGAAUGCAGGGCACCAUAGAAGGCUGAUUAUUUGUUUAACAUGACUGUUCUUAUCCCCAUUUCAUAUUCGCAGAUUAAGCGAUUUCAGAGGAGUUGGGGAAUGGACCCUUCUUUUAUGCCGAGCCGAACAUCUUUUGAGCGAGCAGGUCGUUAUGAUAUAGCUCGUGCAUUGGAGAAAUGGGGAGGGCUUCAUGAAGUCUCUCGGCUCUUGGCACUUAAGGUGCGGCAUCCCACUAGACAGCUAAAUCUUGUCAGAGAGAAAAAGUUUGACCAGUGGCCAUUGAGCAGUGCAGAAGUGGAGGACAAAAUCUCUUCUACAAAAGCUGAUGUAUCUCAAAACACACAGAAAUGGCUCACCAAAUUGAAAGACUUGGACAUUGAUUGGGGGGCCUGAGAAAAGAUGAGCGCCAGCUUAUCCUUAAACCUUUUAAACCGUCCAACUGCUCUCUCACGACGUGAUUUUACGUAUCUCGUGCUUCUGCUGCAGCUGUCUCCAUCUCGAUCAUCUGUAUCAUGGUCACUCGACGAAGCAUAGGAAGAGCCGCUGUUACUCUCCUCACCUGUACUACUGUUUUGUGAUGCACUCUCCCUAGCGUUGUAAUCUGAGCAUGAAAAGUUCUCACUCUUGCUACUGCUGUUGCUCUCAGUGCUUAUCUGUUGUCGACUUGUCCAAUCAUAGGAAGUAAAAGAAGAAGAGGGAGUGUAAGAACACGAUCUCGCACUUGAGCUCCAUUCCUCCUCUGAGUCAUUGUCCUGCUGCUGAGAUUUUGUAUUGAAAGUCCUGCUCCUGCCGUGAAGAUGGUCUUGGGCCUUCCUUGAAGAUGGAAUAUGAUAGUCAAUCAUUGCAGGCCUUAUGGCUGUCGAAUCCUUGAGAUGUUUCUUGCGACUCUGUGCCUUGGCCAGACUAUGAUCAUUUGGGUUGGGCAUCUGCUUCUCAUUGGUCUCCUUUGCUGCUUUCAUGGUUGGAAUUUUGGUGAUACCAUCCAUCCUCGGAGCGGUUAAACCAUCAACAUACUGACAUUCCUCCAACGGUCGAGAUUUUGUAUUCUGUUUCACUAGUAGCCUUCCUGAGACAUUUCUCCCAUUCAUGGUGUCCCUCAGAUGAGCAACAUUCUCAUCCUGGAAUCCCUGUGAAGAAGAUUCAACUCCUCGUGCUGGCGGCUUGGGUUCCUCCAACAUUCGUUUCCCAAUUGUUUGUCGACGACCGGUAGUCUCAACUUCCUGUCUUGUGUCGCUCACUGCUGGCAUGGCCAAGUCGGCAGCCCUGCGUAGUUCAACAAUACUACUUGCUUGUACUCUACAAUCUUGACAACAGCAAUUGUGUUGUUGUUGUUGUUGUCCUGGUCUUCCAAACCCAUCAGCAUAACCUUCGGUCGAGUAACACAGAUUCGAACCGGUAAGCCAGGGUUCAGACGAUGGAGUAACCUGGCUAGGUUUCUGCAGCCGCGGUUGGCUGGCAGUUGUUGCAGAUGAUGGCAUGGGGUUGCCGACUUGGAUAGAGCAGAGACGACAUCGUUUAAUCCGGGGUGGAAGGUAGUCCGAAUGUGAUGAGGAGACCGCGAGUCUGGACAUGUCUGAAACCAGUUGCUGCUCCUUAGUAGUGGCGGGAUCAGGGUGUAGACUGCAGAGCAGCGUGUUGUGUGGUGAAGGGUUCGAUUUCGAUACCUCGCUGCAAGAGAGGUUGUGAUGAUAAGCACUGUCGAGGAGAUUCUUCAAUACCUGUCUUGUUCUUCCAUCCAAAUCCAACUGUCAAACAUAAACGACCACCCAAAAGGGAGAACGGUGAUUCGUUCAUUCUUAAUAUGUUGUUUGUUUAAGAAUGCUGAGAGAGAGAAGGAAAGUGGGAGCAGCGUACCUGAAGAGGCGGAGGGAGGCGGAGGAGGUUGUACAAAUUGGAUAUGGUUUCACGUUCUUCCUUCUUGCUCAUUCCGUCUUCAUCUUUGUCCUCGUCUUCCAUGUCCAUGCAAUCAAUGAAAAUCAGUGGCGUCAUCAGUUUCUAUGAUUUGUUGAUCCCACGAUUUCGUAAUGUUGGGCAGCCAAAGUAACUUCGUCUAAGGAUGUAACUUCCUCAAUCUGUGUUUCCUCCAUAUAACCACCGAAUUUGAAAUCGGGAGGAGUCACAUCGGUUCAAUCUUUUAUUUCCCACCAGCCUCAAAA